GCACAGGCUCACCCCUGUACCGAUUUCAUGAGCUCAGGGUGCUGUUGGAGGUGUUGCAGCAAGAGCGGCGUGCAGGAGAGGGGACGAGCAGCUGCAGCCCAGAUUCUUCUUCCGCUUGAGACGCUGGAUUGAAGAAGAGGUCUGAGGUCCUGGUGGAGAAGGGGAGGUGAGGAGGAGGAGAUUUCCCUUGGACUCUAAGCCAUCAAACCAGAAAACCAAGCCAUGUCACAGGUCAUACAAAACCACGUGUUGCGUGUUGGACAGACCGUGUGUGUUUCCUCGCCAGAGGAAAGCAAGAGCUUGCACCCGGUGGGGUACCCGGGCUGCUCCGGGCUGCCGAUGAAUUACAGUUGCUACUCAACGGAGGGCUGGGCUGACCCGUCCGUGAUGGUGCACGCCAACACACGCCUGCUUCCUGGCAGAGGGCUGUACGGAGCCCACCCCGUGUUUGAGCACGUGGCUGCUCACAUGCAGGGGAAGGGGCAGCAGGAUACCUCUUUGGAGAGACCCACUGCCCCGUAUCAGUCAAAGAAGGAGGAGGAUCCCAGCGCGGAUCCUGAGGCUCACCUGGUGUCUCCUACCUUGGACGUAUCAAUAGAGCGUCUCAACCAGCUGAUCCUAGAAAUCGAUCCGACCUUUCAGCCGCUCACGUACAAGCUGGCGAAGGAUGCAGUCCAACCUGCUUCUCAGGAUGAUGCUGCCGCCACCAAGAAACAAGAUCCGGAGGCAAUAGACAUUAAAUACAUAGAGAUGACGCCAAGCAGAGCCACGUGUACCGAGGUGCUGCAGGGCUCCCCCAGCCCUUCGGGCACGCCAUUCUCGAGGUCCCCCCAGGGCAACGGCUUCCUGCCCCAAAAAGGGGGACUCAAAGGCAACUACAGCACCAGUGGCAGCGUGGUUUUCUUGAGCCCACCCAGACCCGCGAGCCCCCGGUCGGCCGCCCCGAGCUGCGCUGCCUCCCCGACCUGCAGCAUCGCUGUCCCCCGGCAGUGUGCGGCUGGCCAGACAGACAGCAUCUCCUACGGCCCCGGGGCUCUCGGCACCUCCCUGGGCUUCGACAAUUUGCUGAAGCCCGUGCAAGUGGUGAGGGCCCAGCAGAGGAGCAGCUGGGUCUCCCUGCUCUCCACGAGCCCUGGCUCAGACACCAGUUACAUCCUUGGAAGCAGCACCCACUCGCUCCACAACGACGACUCGGAUGCUCACCCCGCUGCCUGCUGCUCCGCUGACUGCCCGUCCCCUGCCAGCUCCCUGGGCAGCCCCUGUCCACCUUCCCCGAGCCUCGGGUCUCACUCUGGAGAAGCUUUUGGCCUGCAUGCCCACCAGCCCAGGACAGCCUGCUCCACCAAAGCCAACACCUUCCCAUCCCAGAAGGGACAAGCCAGCAGCUGCCCCCCCUCCAUCCUCAACGCCGCAGCCGACAUCCCGGUGCUGCUGGUGAACGGGUGCCUGGAACAAGGAGAUGCAUCUUCCAGGCUGGCCAAAGCCCCCCCAGCCUCUGUCAAGCAGAGCCCCCCUCCCAGCUGCAGCCCGACCUUGAGGCUCGGUGGCCUGAACAACGCGCUGUCGGCACCAGCGCUCUCCUGCGUCUCGGACAGUCCCCUUAAGGCUGGGCAGCCGACCAUGAAGUUUGUGAUGGACACAUCGAAAUACUGGUUCAAGCCGAGCAUAACCAGGGACCAAGCGAUCCAGCUGCUGAAGGACAAGGAGCCAGGCACGUUCAUUGUGCGGGACAGCACGUCGUACCGGGGGUCUUUCGGACUGGCGAUGAAGGUUCCUGUCUCUCCAUCCGGCAGCCAGACAGGCGAUGAUAGCAGUGACCUCAUCCGGCACUUCCUCAUUGAGUCCUCUGCCAAAGGGGUGCACUUGAAAGGAGCCAGCGAGGAGCUGUAUUUCGGGAGCCUCUCUGCCUUCGUGUACCAGCACGCCAUCACCCCGCUGGCACUGCCCUGCAAGCUGAGCAUCCCCACCCGAGAUCUUGCUGAUGGAGAAGACAGCCCCGACUUCGCUCCUGAAUCCCCGCUAUCCCUGGUGAAGAAAAAUGCUGUGUGCAACGUCUUGUACCUCAACUCGGUGAACAUGGAGACGCUCACGGGAGCCCCGGCCAUCCAGAAAGCCAUCUCCUCCACCUUCGAGCUGGAGACUCUGCCCACACCCACCCUCGUGCACUUCAGAGUGAGCGAGCAGGGAGUCACGCUGACGGACAUCCAGAGGAAGGUGUUUUUCAGGCGACAUUACCCCUUGGCUGCCAUCAGGUUUUGCGGGAUGGAUCCUGAGAACAGAAAGUGGCAGAAGUACUGCAAGUCCUCGAGGAUCUUUGGGUUCGUGGCCAAAAACCAGACAGAUUCGGAGAACCUCUGUCACCUGUUUGCGGAAUACGACACCGUGCAGCCAGCGUCGCUUGUCAUCGACCUUCUCUGCAAGCUCCUGCCAGGCCCGUAGAGGACAGAAACCCCAGGACAGCUCAGGGCUGGCAGCUGCCCACGUGCUGCUGAGCUUCUGCUGCUCGCCUUUUCCUGCUUCUGGGUUGCAUUUUGGCAACAGCUCAUAUUUAUACUUUUUUGUUACA